AUGGUUAUUCACGCCAGGACUCCACGUUUCAGCGCAGCAUUUCCGGCGCUGGAGCUGAAGCGGAAGGCUGAGCCCGGCGAUGAGGUGCUCAGCUUUGGAAAUUUUCCCUCUUAUGCUACGUCCGGGCUAGAAGGCGGAGCUGAUGCCUACCCGCAACAACCCCAAGACACGAAACUGCUUGGAUUGUCAGUGCCAGUAUUCUGGACGGUUGUCAUUGGGUUAGUCAUGUUGCUCGCUGGAGCCAUUGGCGGAGGCAUAGGCGGCGGUCUGGCUGCAAGCCAACACUCUUCAGAGUCCAAGGCAUCACCACCAUCAUCCUUGUCCAUCUCCGGAUCAAGCAUCUCAUCGACCACGACAACAGCAACAAUCGCUAGUCCACCAUCGCAAUCAGAAUCAGCCUCUCCUCUACUUACGACGACGACAUCGCCAACGACCACCACUGGCACGCAGUUAACCGCCUUCGGUCCUUCGCCCGCUCCAAGCGACAACUGUCCCUCCGUUAACAACACCCAAUACACCCCCCUCGAUGCCUUAGGAAACAGCAUGACCGUAGCGAUUAACCCGGGCGGCCUUACAAAGGUUCAAUCCUUCGUUCGCAUCUGUAACAGGAACUAUCCGGCCGGAGCACCCCACGGCAACCCAGACACUUUGGACAUUAUGAAACUUUACCUGCCUACGCUGGAAGCGUGUAUUGAUGCUUGCGCAACGUACAAUAUUGUUUACCAGGAAAACAGGCCGCAAAGACCGGGAGGAGCACAGGAUGGAACAGAUAUGGGACUGUGCAGGAGUGUUGCUAUAGGGAACACCCAGCUAACGAGAAGCCGUUACCGUCCGAUACCGACAGAAGGCGAUUAUUGCUACCUCAAGAACGCAACGGGGAAAGACAACACCUUUGGAAAUCCGGACAGGUAUUCCGUUGGCGUUUUGCUUCUCUAG